AUGACCGGUGACCUCAUGAUUGAGGUCACCGGUAACUCUAUGGCCAAGAAGGCAGAUGCCCUCUCCACCAGAAUGAAGGAAGUCCUCCGGGAUACGGAGGUCGUUGUUUGCCGCCCGGCGCGCAAGCGUGACUUGCGCGUAUCGUGCAUUGACGACUCCGUAUCUCUGAAGGAAUUAAAGUCAGCUCUGGCUUCGGCCAGAGGUUGCCGAGAGGCGGAGAUCCGCUUGGGCAAACCCCGGACUCUGCCUUCCGGCUUCCGAAGAAUCUGGGUGAAGUGCCCCGUGGUUGUUGCCAAGAAAUUGGCAACAGACCGCAUUGUAAAGGUGGGAUGG